GAAAAAUUCGUGUUUUUUUUACUCAAAUCAGUUCAGUUUCUGCAGUCAGGUGGUCCAGAAUGUGGCCCGGAGUGUCCCUCCUCUGUUUGACGCUGCUGUCGUGUUUGUGCCACGGCCGUGGCCAGGAGCAGGCUUCCCUCAGCAAGGUCAGCGACCCCGCCGGCCACUGCCUCUACACCUUCACCGUGGCCCGUCCGGAGGAGGCCAGCUGCCCCGGGGGCAGCAGCUCCGGAGAGGAGACGGAGAAGGUGCUGGCCCGCCUCACGCUGCUGGAAGCCGUGGUCAGCGGGCUCGUAGCGGCCGGGGCCAAAGCCGGGGACGUAGGGACAGAGGGUCUCCAGGAGGCGCACGCCCGCGUGACGAGGGAGAGGAAUCAGAUGCAAGAGGAGCAGAAACGCAUGAACCGGCAGGUCCAGGAGCUGCAGAGCAAGCUGCUCCAGCUCAGCCAGGAGGCCGACGGCCUCAGGACCAGUCGCUGCCCGCAGACCGGGAGUACAGGGGGAGGCCAGAAUGACAACAGACCCAUCAGUGACCCUGCGUACGACCCAGGCACCUACCGUGAGAUGAAGGCUGAAGUGGUGACGGUUUCAUCAGCUCAGCUCAGUCCUGAAGGGAAUCUCAGCCUGGCAGGUUGUGGGGAGCUGGUGUCGGUGGAGGAUCCCGUGCUGCACCGCACGGCCGACAGCAUCACGGGGAAGUACGGGGUGUGGCUGCAGGACCCCGAGCCUCAGGGCCCCGUCUACACCAACAGGACCGUGUGGCGCCUGGACGCCGUCAGCAGAGACGUGCGGCAGCUCUUCGCGUACGAGGACCUGGACCAGUUCUCCAGAGGGUCCUUCAUGAAGCUGCUGGUCCUGCCGGAGCCUGUGGAGAGCACGGGGGCCACCCUUUACCGGGGCUCCUUGUACUACCAGCGCCGGCGCAGUCGCACCCUGCUCCGCUACGACCUGUCCUCCGAGAGGGUGGCGGCGCGCCGCGACCUCCCCCACGCGGGCUUCCACGGCCAGCACCCCUACUCCUGGGGGGGCUACACGGACAUCGACCUGGCCGCCGACGAGCGCGGCCUGUGGGCCAUCUACAGCACGGAGAAAGCUAAGGGGGCCAUUGUGAUCUCCCUGCUGGACCCCCGGAGCCUGGAGGUGAGGCGGAGCUGGGAGACCAGGAUCAGGAAGAACACGGUGGCCAACGCCUUCAUGGCGUGCGGACGCUUGUACACGGUGGCCAGCUACGCCGCGGCCAACACCACCAUCAACUACACGUUUGACACGGCCACCGGCGAGGGCCGAGCCGUCGCCGUGCCCUUCAAGAACAAGUACCAGUACAACAGCAUGGUGGACUACAACCACGCCCAGAGGAGGCUGUUCGCCUGGGACCACUUCCACAUGGUCACCUACGACGUCAGGCUGGGCGGGGCCGGCGCCGGCGCCAGCUGA